AUUAGAUCAGCAUUAUUGAUCACGAUCAACGACGUCGAUGCAUCAGCCGUUUAGAUGCGCUUACGUUGCGGGAUGGACAAUUACGCAACGCCUUGUUCGCCUGCUUCUCCACAAAUAAUUCGUUCAGACAAAUGCAAUUCACAGUGCCUGCAACACAAUUCGGCAAGACGGUCGUCUUGGCAUACCCCGACACCACGCGGCUGGGCGGGUACCGGGCAGCGCUUGGGCUAUGGAGAUCGCUCGGUGGUGACGACAGCACGGCAGUCAAGGCGCAGAUAGACGAGGCCGCAGAGGAGACAGUGGAGACAGAGUUCUGGGUGCCAGGCACGGAUCAAAUUGAAGUUGUCAUUGGCACGGCUGCAGGGUCUGUAGACACAACAUUUGUGUUUGUCAAUGGACUGCCAGCGGCCGAGUACGUUCCAGCGCUGGUGGACGGUUUGCUUGCGCAGCUGGAGGCAUCGGGAGUGGAGCGCGUAGUGGCAGUGGCAUCGGCAAAUCUGCACGGCCUCAAGGGAGUCAAUGCUGAGCAGCUGUUUGGGCUGGCGGGAGUGGCGGGGCUGGCGGAGAUCAGCGGCAGUGUGACAACCGGCGAUGCGCUGCUGUCGGCGCUUGAUACGCUGGGGCGUGUAUCGCGUGUGGAAGUGCAGGUGGCGGUGCGUGGCGAUAAGCGGCCGACGGGCAGCGGGUAUAGGCAGCGCGUGGAGUUUGGCAAAGAGUUUGCCGAUGCAGACGACCAGGAGAUUGUCAGGGCGCUGGGCGGUGUGCUGGUGGAGGCAGUAGGUGUAGGGGUGGCAGACGUGUCAGCGCCGGCAACGCGGGUGAGGAGCGCCAGGGCAGUGCAGAGCCUUCCGGCGUUUGGGUAGUGAAUUAGAGGUUACUGCGGGGGGCAGCGUUUUUUUAUUUCUUCGCAGUGGUAGCAUCGUCACUGGUGGAAGGACGGCCUCUGGUGCAACGCAGAUGGCGGUAAGGGGAAGCUUGGCAG